GGUCCGGAGCGGAGGUUGUUGGAAAAAAUCGUCGUGCCAAGCACCGGUACGUCGUUGGGUGCUUCAGCGGGAGGACCUGUCGAGAGCGAUGGUUCGGCGGGAUGACGACGGGCCGGGGAUCCGGCUGCUGGCGCCGACCAGCGGGCGCGGGUCGCCCCGCGAGUACGGCGCGACGCAGCAGAGUCUGAUCGAGAGUGGUGUGACCCGCGACCUCACCACAUACGGCUCUGUGAAGCCGCUGCCGACCGAGCCCUCCAACGGCGUGACCUUGACCUGGCACGACGUCAGCGUCUUCGUUCCCAGCAAGAAGAGCAAGACACUGUUCAGCGGAUGUCGCGGCAAUGCCAAGCCGUUCCGGCGGGUUCUCAACAACGUGUAUGGCGCCGUGCUCGCCGGCAACCUCGUGGCCGUCAUGGGCUCCAGUGGCAGCGGCAAGUCCACGCUGAUGACGACCCUGGCGCAGCGGAACCCCGGCGAGGUGAUGGUGGACGCCGACAUCCAGUACAACGGCCGGCCGCUGACGCGCGACAUGCAGCGCAUGGCCGGCUUCGUCUACCAGGACGACCUGUUCGUGGGCUCGCUGACCGUCAGGGAGCACCUCGAGUUCGCGGCCCGCCUCAAGAUGGACCGCCACACGACGGCCGGCGAGCGUCGCGCGCGCAUCGAGACCAUCAUGUUCGACCUGGGGCUCAAGAAGUCCGAGCACACCAGGAUUGGAGUUCCCGGCCAAAAGAAAAGCCUUUCUGGCGGCGAGCGGAAGCGGCUGGCGUUUGCUGCCGAGAUUCUGACGGAUCCGCCGCUGCUGUUCUGUGACGAGCCCACCACCGGGCUCGACUCGUACAACGCCGAGAGGAUCGUCUCCAUGCUGAAGGAGAUGGCGUUCCGGGGCAAGACGAUUCUCUGCACCAUCCACCAGCCCAGCUCCAACCUGUUCUCCAUGUUCGACCAGCUCAUGUUCCUCUGCGAGGGCAGACUGGCGUACAUGGGGUCCGCCUCAAGCGCAGCCAAGUUUUUCGCCAGCAUGAACCUGGUGUGCCCCGCUACCUACAACGCCGCCGACUUCUACAUCAACUGCCUGGCGGUGCCGCCCGGCCAGGAGGCGGCGUCGCGCGACAGGAUCAAGACCAUCUGCGACAACUUCAGCGUCUCGCCGUACGCCAAGGACAUCUCUGUGACGGCCCAGUACCACGAGGCCGUGGCUCUGUCGCGCACGCAGACCUUGCGGUACGAUGACCACACUUACGCUAGGAGCACAGUGCGGCGUGCGCAGUGGUUCAUCCAGCUGUACUGGCUCACCUGGCGCGCGUUCCUGGACAGCGUGCGCAACCCGGCCGUGCACUGGAUCCGCAUCAUCCAGAAGAUAGGCAUAGGCUUGAUGGUGGGCCUGUGCUUUUCGAACCUGCAUUACGACCAGCUGGGAGUGCAGAACCUGCAGGGCCUCAUGUUCGUCCUGGUCACGGAGAACACCUUCCCUGCCAUGUACGGCGUCCUGUCGCUGUUCCCCCAGGAGCUGCCUCUGUUUCUGCGGGAGAACAAGAGCGGCAUGUACAGUACGGCCUGUUUUUACAUCAGUCGAGUGAUAUCACUGAUACCGGGAUUUGUGCUGGACCCCGUGAUCUUCAUCAGUCUGAUCUACUUCCUCACCAGCCUGCGCAGCGACUUCCAGUCGGUGUUCAUGAUGUACCUGAUCGGCGUCUUCACAUGUAACACGGCGGCGGCAUGCGGGUGUUUCUUCUCGGCGGCCUUCGACAACGUGUCCCAGGCCAUUGCACUGCUUAUUCCAUUUGACUAUCUGCUGAUGAUCACCGGAGGGAUCUUCAUCAACUUGAGCACGAUGCCAAAGUGGCUGUCGUGGACCAAAUCUCUAUCUUGGUUCAUGUACGCCAACGAGGCGUUCACCAUCAUCCAGUGGUCGGGAAUCGAGAACAUACCCUGCCAAGAAGCGAGCAACUCAUCCGCGUGCCUUCGCAGCGGAGAGGAGGUCCUCAACAAGUACAGCUUCCACUCGGGCGACCUGGGCGUCGAUUUCAGCGGGUUCAUCCUGCUCUUCCUGUGCUUCCACGUGCUCGGCAUCAUUGCCUUGUGGCUGCGAAGUCGAAAGCAGUGAGCCGGGCAAAUGCAGCGUGAGCUGGGUCCGCUACAGGGCAUCACCGAAGCCGCCACGUUUGCGCUCAAGUGAAAGGCGACGAAUGUCCCUGCAGCGGCCGCGGCGGGUCAUUGCUGGGGGGACCUCUGUCCACGCUGGACUGUCGUCCCCUCGCGUCCGCCCCCACUCACGCGCGGCGGAGUUCCGCGUGGCGCCUCCGACAUCGAGGAGUGCCGGUGUCCGGCGGGGCGGCGCGCACGCGGCGGCACGCGGCGGACAGCGUGUACGGCAACCCAUGACAGCGAUGCGCGGCCCUUUACGCCGGAUCACAGCGCAGGCAGAGGCCAACGCGCCGUUUGCCUGGCGCGAGGUGUAUCGAGGCGUGCUUAUCAGCUCGUGAUGGAUGGGCAUGCACGACUGCGAGUUCUGAUUUGGUAUGCUUUAGCCGUUUUAGUGUGCACUUAGAUAUAAGACCUGAGUGACGUUAUGCGGGGAACGGAGCCGCUGCCGCUGACGCUUUGCCAUGAAUAGCUUCACUAUCAGCCGGGUAUAUUUACGUGUGAUGCUCUGUCGUAACCCCCUCUUGGUACGCCGAUGCUCAACAAGGCGCAUUGUUUGCAACGUACUGCCACCGGGUUUCAGCGUCGUCGUUGACACCAACCGCGCGCCGUACAAAUUGCAUGGAUGCAUUCGACGUACGAAUACUCAUCUAACCGUGCGCGUGCAAGCCUGUGUCUGCAUCCCUGGUUUGUUUUCGCCUGUGUGACUGCGUGCGCAGGAGGACCGGCGGUCAAAGCCUCGUCCCGCCCUGCCGCCAACCGGUCACUCCGGGAACAACGUCGUCAAUACGAACGCUUACUGCCGCUCCAGCUGUCGCAUGUUCAGCAAAGGUCGGCGCGGCGACAAUGCG